AUGAAUGAUACAAAAUAUAGAUUAGUACAAAGUGCAUGUUUGAGAAUAUUUUUUCCAGAUGACUUUCAAAUAAUCAAUAAAAAGGACAAGCAUUACCUUUAUGGAAUUGCACAGGAGGAUACAUAUGUUACUAUACAUGUAACACCUAAGCACAUAGAAAAAUUUGAAGUAAAGAAAGAACACUUGGUGGAGGAGGAAUGGAAAAAUUUUCGAAUUUUUGGUGAGUUAAUUUUUAUGAACAAUUCAGAAGAAUUACAGAAAAGAGACUGUUCAGAAUGCUACCAUUGUAACGGUUGUAGGAGUUGCAAUGUACCUGACUACAUUUUUCUGAUUUACUAUAAAGACAAACCUGUAUUUAUAAGAAGGAGUAGAGAUCAGGGAUGGGAACUAAGUGCCUUAUUUAUUUUGUAUAAUUCCAAAAAAUAUACUUACAAUAUUUCCGAUGAUCAUGUGGAUAGCUUAAGAAGAGAACAACAAAAAGAAUGGAGAAAAGAACAGCAAAAAGAAUGGAGAAAAGAACAACAAAAAGAAUGGAGAAAAGAACGGAGAAAAGACAACAAAAAGAAUGGAGAAAAGAACAGCAAAAAGAAUGGAGAAAAGAACAACAAAAAGAAUGGAGAAAAGAACAGCAAAAAGAAUGGAGAAAAGAACAACAAAAAGAAUGGAGAAAAGAACAGCAAAAAGAAUGGAGAAAAGAACAGCAAAAAGAAUGGAGAAAAGAACAACAAAAAGAAUGGCGAAAAGAACAGCAAACAGAUUAGAGAAAAAUAUAACUAUGUUAACGAAAGUUCAUAUCAAAAUGAAGCUGUAAACUGUAACACAGUCGGAGGUGACAAUCUCAAUAAUGAUCAUUUCAACUAUGACAUAGACAAUAGUGAUACAUAUAGCACAGAUGAACAUGACAAGGGUAUUCAAAAUAUAAAGGAUGAAACGAAUGGUGAAUAUUGUGAAGAGGUGCCAAAGGAUAGUAUAUCGAAUAUUUCAAAAGAGGAGAAACAAGCAUGUUCAUGUUCCGGCGAGCUCGAUUUACAUACAACCAAUUUGGCAAGUGGGUUAAAAGGGGAAAGAGCAGAAGGAAAAAAAGAAGAUGAAGCAGGAGAGAGGGAGGGAGAGAACGGAGGACAAGGAAAUAAAUCAGUGAUCCACAAUAUUGAAGAAAAUAAAUCAUUGCAGUCCUUGAAUAUAGGCUAUAUAAUUUCCUUAAUUAACAAAAAAUAUGUUUAUGCACAAGGGUUAGAAAAAUGGGGGAACGAUAGUAAUACUAAUAAUUAUAAAAAAAAGGAGGACGAAAAAGUAGAAGUGAAAGAGGAAGUAAAAGAGGAAGUAAAAGAGGAAGUAAAAGAGGAAGUAAAAGAGGAAGUAAAAGAGGAAGUAAAAGAGGAAGUAAAAGAGAAAGUAAAAGAGGAAGUAAAAGAGGAAGUAAAAGAGGAAGUAAAAGAGGAAGUAAAAGAGGAAGUAAAAGAGGAAGUAAAAGAGGAAGUAAAAGAGGAGAAAAAAGGGAAAAAACAAAACCUAUUUUCUCCCCUCUCAUUGACUUUAUUUUUUAUUUAUAUCAUUUGUCUUAUCAGCAGAUCAAUGUAUUACGCAUUCUGCAUACCGAACGUUUUAAAUGAAUAUGUUUUUCAGAAGAAAAAAAUUAAUACGUUAAUAAUGAUAAAAGAAAAGUCUUUAUUACAUUCCGAGUGGUAUCACAUAUUUUGUAAUUUAAUUGAAAAUAAAAACAGGGAACAACAUCAUAAAUAUAAACAGAUAUUAUUGAUUCGACUCUUUAACUUAUUAGUUGAUGUAUUUUGUGGUGUCACCUUAUUUUGUCUUAUUAACUUUAACAAAAUUAACAUUUAUUUUAUUCACGAAAGGAUAAAGAUAUUAUACGAUACGAGUACACUAACGUCUAUAUUAGGUACAUUAUUACAGAACCCCUUCGGUGUGAAGUUGAACAACAACUUUACUUCAUUCAUUGGAAGCGUCAUUGUGUCGAUUUUAGAUAAAUGGGACUAUUUCAAUAAUGUAUUUCCACUGAGAAUGCCGUCAGUAGUAUAUAUGUUUAAAGCUUCAUCCUUAUUAGGCUUGUCUUUUUUUCUCGCUGUUCUCAUUGACUUCAUAAGGCUUAUAACUCUGCAUGUUACACUUAUUUUUUUUUUCUUAAAAAAAAUAUGUUCAAUUUUUCACAGUAAUAUAUAUUCUCUUUAUUUGUUAUUCAAUGGAAAAAAAUGGAACAUAUUAAAGCUUAGGGUAGACACGAAUUACUACACCAAUGAGGAGGUUAUACUGGGCACCAUCUUAUUCACGAUACUAAUAUUUUUAUACCCGACAAUUUUUGUACUCUUUUGCGUUUUUGGGAUUAUCUACUUUAUAAUAAAUAGGGUUAUAUACGUGUUGUCUAUUUUAAAGGAAAUCCUGUUAUAUUCCCCAUUUUACAUUCUCUUCCUGAGGUGUAGUAGUAACCAAUAUAUUAGCAAAGGAAUAAAGCUAACCAAAUGUCAUUAUGUGGAGGAUGAAGAAUUGAAGAAUUUUCCAAAAUCAAACUACUUGCUCUUAGAAAAUGUUCAUUUUUUAUUUAGUGAUAAAAUAAAAUUAUUUAUGAACGUUUUCAUUAAUUAUGUAAGCUGUAAAUAA